AUGGACAAAAAAGACAGAGAUACUCUGCGCACCGCGCGACCAUAUUUGGUGAAGAAUCUAUCGCGUCUAGACGAAAUUCUGGACAUCCUGGAGGGUGAGCGUGUCGUGUCCGAGGAUGAAAGAUUGAGAAUUCUAGCUCAAACCAUACCGUCUGAUCAGAUACGCACUUUUCUGGACAUCCUUGUUCGGUGUGGUAAUUUGGCUUACAAAAACUUCCUUAUUGCGCUUGAACAAACUAAACAAACAAGUAUUUUGGAAGCUUUGAACGUUGCUGGAGCUAAAGUUCUGAACCAUGCAACAGCAGAUGCAGCCCGUCCUACAAGUUCUACUACGACUUCAGAAUCCCUAAAUAAUCCGCCGACAGAAGGUCAACCGAAAAAAACUCUUCCUUUUGAGCCGUACCCAGUAACUGCAGAGCCACGCGGGUUUGUGCAUAUUGUAAAUAUCGAGAAAUACGAACCAGCUGCUGGAGUGUCGGAUCGGCGGGGUUCAUCUGAAGAUGUCCUCAAGUUGUACUCGUUAUUUCGCGAAUUUUCCUACAGUGUUUCAGUUGUCCACAAUUUGAACGGUAGUCAGUUGGAGCGGUCGGUACGUGAUUUCGCCAGUAUGAAGGAGCACGAGGAUGCGCAUGCAGCCGCACUUUUUAUCCUGGCUCAUGGUUCUGAACACCAUAUUAUAGCUACCGAUGGUGUGUUGGUUAGUGUGGAUACUCUUGCGUCGUGUUUCACUAAUCCCAACUGUCCAAGGCUUGCCGGGAAGCCGAAACUUUUGGUAUUCCAAGCUUGUCGUGGCGAAGUCCGAGCUCAGGCAGUGCGAAUACGCAAAGACCUCAUGGACUCUGCUCCGAUAGACCACUCUCUUGAUCCCUCUUCUUGGCUUUCAUUGCCUUAUAUGAGCGAUUGCGUAAUUGUUUACACUACAUUGCCUGGUUUCGUUUCCUGGCGAUCUGAGACUGAUGGAAGUUGGUACAUAUCUAAUUUUGUGGAAGUAUUCCGUACUCAUGGACGUCAAUGUCAUGUGAUGGAUUUGUUGGCGGAAGUUAAUCAUCGCCUCGUAGAUGAGUCUACGAAAAUGAACGUUCAGCAAAUUUCACAGCCUCUUCCGUCUCAUAUUUACUUACCAGUUACUCGAAAAGCAGCAGUAACACUUAAGGUUUGGUCCUCACCUGACUUUUAG